AUGGUAGAACUCGACAUCAACAUGCCACAUGUAUGGGACAAGUCGCUGGCCGUCUUGAACCCCUUCCAUAAAUUCUCGCCGGACCAUCCUAAAGACGCGCAUAUGAUGGACGAUACUGAUCUCGCUGGCCCCUUAUUGUUUUGCUUUGUUUUUGGUAUGCUUCUUCUGCUGGUAUGUUCAUGUAACUCAUCGAAGUCGGGCAAGUCUCAGUUUGGAUAUGUGUAUGGAGUAGGGUUAAUGGGAGUUAUCUCCAUCUACUUGUUGUUGAACCUAAUGUCGGAUGGUGGUAUCGACGCCACCAAAGUCACCAGCGUGCUUGGAUACUGCCUUCUCCCUCUAUGUCUCCUUAGUGCUAUCAAUGUUUUUGUUAAACUCAAUGGCAUGUUUGGCUUUGUGAUCUCGCCCUUGUUCAUUUUAUGGUGUUGUACAUCCGCAUCGGGUAUUUUUGUCUCUAUUCUCAACAUGCAUAAUCAGAGAUUCUUGGUCGCCUACCCCGUGGGCCUCUUUUACGCUUGCUUUGCGCUACUUAGCGUGUUCGAUGUGGGCACCUCCAAAUAA